AUGUCCCCGUUCAAGCCCGUAAGGGGCGGCCAGGCACGGAAGCAGGUGCUUCCAGACAUAUCCCUUCUAGCAACUCCAGUUCUCAAGGCGUCCUCUCUGACCCCAUCACAUGCCGUGCUGCCUGAGGGUACGGCAGCAAGCAGCAAGAAGCGUACCGACCUGCAGGUCUCAGUACCGCCUCGGGCGUCCUUCUCAUCGUUCUGGUCAUCGAAAUUCUCUCCCUUACCUGCUACCAUCACAUGUCCGACCGCAGAGCCAGGAGUUGACAUAUCGGGGCUGUUAUUGACUGACCCAUCGUCUGAUCCACAUGCCGAGAGCUCCAGUGAACAAUACCGUUUGGACGAGGGGAGUGAGAUAGUGACAUCUACAUCAUCAAUGAGUGGGUCCUGGCAAGCGUUUCCUCUGUCUGUGGCGUCUGCACCAUUGUCAUCAUCCUUUUCGCCAUCUUCCUACUCACCUUCAUGCCUACUAUCCCCAGUUUCCGCAACGGAAUCAGCAUCACCACCGCUCUCACCAUCUCGUCGCACAACAUCACUCCACGCCACCGACCCUUUCGCUGUUGAAACCGUCUGCGCGGACAGUACGGAACCUAGAUGGGCAAGCGAGCGGGAACGAGCGGAGCAACUGGAGCUUGAAGUUUCUGCGUUGAAGGCGGAGAUGGCCGCAUCACGGGAGGAGAUGUGCAUGGAGAGGGAGGAGUACGAGGCUGCCAUUGACGCCCUUAAGGCGUCGCUUGCCCGAAUGAUGCGAGAGCACUCGGAGGAGCUGCAGCAGCUGCGAGCUGCGCUGGAGGAGGCAUCUGGUGUCAAGGCGUCCCCGGCAGAGGAGGCAUUAAGCGCGGAGGGUGACAAGGCUGACUGCGAGCAGGGUGGUGUGGGUACUGAUUAUGAGGACAGGGAUGUGACUGGAUGGCGUGGGGCCGAGGCCGGUGCAGCAGGAUGUGAAGGUCGCGCGAGUGAAGAAGAUCUACGGAUGGAGGAUGACAACGAGAGCAAGGAGGGGGGCAGCAUGGAGGACCGAGAGACGGACAGUGCAGAGGCUGGCGCUGAUGUUGGCACGUACAAAGACGAGGAGUGGACAAUAGGUCAAGGGAACGUGGAGUGGUUGCAGCAGAAAUUGCAGGAGAGCCAAGCACGAGUGGCGGAGUUAGAGAAAGAGGUGAUGGUGCUGGGAGAGCGCCUUCUGGAUGCGAGGAAGAGAGUGACAGCAGGGAUGGUGCAGAUGGAGUUGAUGAGUCUCAGCAGCGGAAUGGCCAAAGUCCAAGCUGUGCCUCGUGUGGAUGCGCAUGUGGAUAUCCUUGACUGUGAUGAUGACUAUGACGAUGGUAGCAGCUGUGAUGGUGGUGAAGAAGAAGAAAAGGAGGUUACCUCUGCUACCUCUGCUGCAGCAGAUGCACCAUCGGAUGCCUGUUGCUCACUAGAGUCAGCUAGCAGCAGAGUGGAUAGGGAGGAGGAGGACCAUGCCUGCAAGGAUGUGGACCAUGCUGGUGGUGUCAGUGCACAUGCAGCGGUGAGCUUGGAUGCUGGUGCGCAUGGCAGCAGCACGUUGUCGGGGUCCUGUGAAGCACCAGGGGUGGGAGUUAACGAUGGUCCUGAAGUGAGUCCCGCGUGUGAAGAGCCUGCCAGUGCUCUUACUGAUAGGAAGGUUCGGUUCAGAGAGUUUGUGCAGGUGCUUGGGAAUGAGGCGGAAUCUGUUGACUGCACAGAACGUAUGAUGCUUUCAGACGAGAAGAGCUGGGACUGGAUGGAAAGUGCACGGGCAAGAGACAGGCAGAGGGAGUGGUGGCCGACAGGGCAGAGCAUGAGGGAGCGACGGAAGCUUACAUGCUCCGACCACAGCAACGUUUGGCAGGACUCAGAAACACAUGCAGGGGAUGGGUACGAGUGGGACAGCAUGUAUGGUGCAGAAGAGAUGUUGGGGGAACAACGGAACGGUCAGCAGUGGAAGCGGAGGGAGAUGCUACUGCAGCAGAUGGAAGCUCAAGUGCAGUGUGUGGAGGAACAGCUGGGGGGUUACUGUUCCGACAUUGCAGGGCAGAUGAAGGUGGACAUGCAGGCUCUGGCACAACAGCUUCUCAAUGGGAUGGUGAGCUGGCAAGGCUGGAAGGAGAAGAGAAAGGCAAAGAAGAGCUUAGCUGCUGAUCCCACGGAAACACACGGCCAACCCCCUUGUGCUACUGUUUCUAGUGCAGAUGGUGCGGCGGCUGCAGUUGGGAGCUGUGAUGAGUCUUGUACAGGGUCUGGCUUUUUCCCACAGCCGCUAGACGUGUUGGCCGCCUGUGUGAGCGAAGUCAUGUUUGAGGACUUCGAGUGCGACAGGUUUCAAAGAGCAGCAUACUGCGAGUUCGCAUCUGACAGCGAGAGGUGUGCACGCAACUAUGACAAGUUCCUGGUGCAGCGCUGGAGGCGAGGGCCCAUGAAUCCUCUGAGGGAGCCUAAGUUCGUGAGUUUCUGUGAGAGGAAGGCCGAGAGGGUUGCUGAUGUUCUGGUGGGAGCAAUUCUUGCUAUCUCGCCGUUGCCUUGCAAGCAGGAUGCCGGCCACCUCCCGAUCGUCACUCGCGGUCUCUACAUCACUCCCGCGGACCGUGGACAAGUGCUUGAGAGGUUGAAGACGUGGCCUGAGAAAAAGAUCCGCGUGAUAGUGGUGACGGAUGGCGAGCGCAUCCUGGGUCUGGGCGAUCUGGGGUACGGCGGCAUGGGCAUCAGCGAGGGCAAGAUCCUUCUGUACACGGUGAUCGCGGGCGUGGAUCCGCACCAGUGCCUGCCCAUCUGCCUCGACGUCGGCACCAACAACGAGUCGCUGCUGGCGGACCCGCAGUACAAGGGCUUGAAGCAGCACCGGCUGCGCGGCGAGGAGUACGACGCGCUGGUGGACGAGCUCAUGACGGCCGUGCGCGCGUGGCAGCCGCACAUCCUGCUGCAGUUUGAAGACUUUGGCAACACCAACGCCUUCCGCCUGCUGGACCGCUACCGCGGGCUGCAGUGCUGCUUCAACGACGACAUCCAGGGCACCGCCUGCAUCACGCUCGCUGGCGUCCUCUCCGGCCUCCGCGUCACUCGAGGAAAGCUUCAGUGGCAACGCAUCGUCUUCCUGGGUGCGGGCGAGGCCGGCACAGGAAUCGGGCAUCUGAUCGCGCAGGCCAUGCACAAGCGGUGCGGCGUGCCGCUCGAGGAGGCCAUGCGUAACUGCCUGUUCGUGGACUCCAAGGGCCUUGUGUGCAAGUCGCGAACGGAGCUGCAGCACCACAAGCUGCCGUUCGCUCAUGACAUUCCGUUCCAGCCUGACCUCUACUCUGUUGUUAAGGCUUACAGGCCAACGAUUCUGAUUGGCGUGUCAACCAUCGCGGGUGCGUUCACGCGCGAAAUUGUCGAAGCCAUGUCCGAAAUCAACGAUCGGCCGAUCAUAUUCCCGCUCUCCAAUCCAACCUCUAAAUCCGAGUGCACGUACCGAGACGCGUACAACUGGAGCGGCGGCCGCGUGGUGUUCGCGUCAGGCAGCCCGUUUCCGCACUUGAAGACCCCCUCUGGCGUUACGAUGUACCCGGCUCAAGCUAACAACGCGUACAUUUUCGGGCCCGUGGGCAUGGCGGCUCUGCUCACCAACUGCCGGCAGAUCACGGACGACCUGUUCAUGGCUGCCGCAGAGUACCUGGCUGAUCUCACCCCUCAGGAUAAUCUCGACGUGGGAAUGCUCUUCCCCAGCUUCUCGGCCUUCAAGUCGCUUGUGGUGCCGCUGGUGGCGCGCACGGCGGAGUUCAUCGUGCGGGAGGGGCUGGGCGUGGCGCCCAAGGGCGUGAAGAACUGGGAGGAGGCGGUGCGCGCAGCCAUGUACCACCCGUCGGGCGUGCGCUCCACCACGCCGCGUGCCGCCGCCGCCAUCAAAGUGCCCAGCCACCCGGUCUCCGAGGUGCACUGGGAGGACAUGGAGGAGUUGGUGCAGCUGCGGGAGAUGUACACGGACCUGCAGCGCUACCUCUUCCUCCGCAACCUGCAGGAGAAGAACGUGCAGGCGUUCUGGCAGCUAACAAUGAACAACGCCCAGGAGAUCCUCCCAUUCGUGUACACGCCCACGGUGGGCGAGGCCUGCCAAAAGUACUCCCGCCUGCCCAUCAACACCCGCGGCCUCUUCCUCUCCCCCUCGGACAAAGGCACCAUCCUGGACAAGCUUAAAGCAUGGCCAGACCAGAAGAUCCGCGUGAUAGUGGUGACGGAUGGCGAGCGCAUCCUGGGUCUGGGCGAUCUGGGGUACGGCGGCAUGGGCAUCAGCGAGGGCAAGAUCCUUCUGUACACGGUGAUCGCGGGCGUGGAUCCGCACCAGUGCCUGCCCAUCUGCCUCGACGUCGGCACCAACAACGAGUCGCUGCUGGCGGACCCGCAGUACAAGGGCUUGAAGCAGCACCGGCUGCGCGGCGAGGAGUACGAUGCGCUGGUGGACGAGCUCAUGACGGCCGUGCGCGCAUGGCAGCCGCACAUCCUGCUGCAGUUUGAAGACUUUGGCAACACCAACGCCUUCCGCCUGCUGGACCGCUACCGCGGGCUGCAGUGCUGCUUCAACGACGACAUCCAGGGCACCGCCUGCAUCACGCUCGCCGGCAUCCUGUCCGCGCUGCGCGUGACCAAGGGCGAGCUGAACCAACAGAAGAUUCUCUUCCUGGGUGCGGGCGAGGCCGGCACGGGAAUUGGGCAUCUGAUUGCGCAGGCCAUGCACAAGCGGUGCGGCAUUCCUUUGGAAGAGGCGCUGCAGCACUGCCUGUUCGUGGACUCCAAGGGCCUCGUGUGCAAGUCGAGGAAGGAGCUGCAGCACCACAAGCUGCCGUUUGCGCAUGACAUCCCGUUCCUGUCGGACCUUCUCUCCGUGGUCAAGACACACAAGCCGACCAUGCUGAUCGGAGUGUCCACCAUAGCAGGCGCCUUCACAUCCGAGAUCCUGGAAGCCAUGGCGGAUCUGAACGAGCACCCGGUCAUCUUCCCGCUCUCCAACCCCACCUCCAAGUCCGAGUGCACCUUCCAGGACGCUUACCACCACACGCACGGCAACGUCGUCUUUGCCAGCGGCAGCCCCUUCCCCGCGUUCACCACGCAUGACAAGCGCACGCUGGUGCCGGCGCAGGCCAACAACGCGUAUGUGUUCCCGCCCAUUGGCAUGGCGGCUGUGCUCACCAACUGCAGUGCCAUCACGGAUGGCGUGUUCCUGGAGGCUGCGGAGGCUCUUGCGAGCAAGGUGCCGGAGUCGCGCCUGGCGUCGGGCAUGCUCUUCCCUGCCUUCUCUGACAUGAAGGUGGUGUCGCCACAGCUGAUAGCAGACAUUGCACAGUACAUGAUCAAGGAGGGGCUUGGCUCCGUGCCUGCCGACUUUGAUGCAGCCAGGGGCUGGCUUGACUAUGUGUGCACGCGCAUGUGGCACCCUGAUUCGGCCUGA